ACCUAGACGGGAUUUUUCUCUCUUUCUUUUUUGUAUCUAUAUAUCUAUCAAAAUCCCGGAAGGAAUCCCCCCUUCACACAUAUACAUACAUACAUACAUAUAUAUAUAUAUAUAUUCUGAUCAUCCAUCCAUCCAUCCAUCCAUCUAUGUAUCUACCUGCGAGAGGGAAGGGGGGUUGUUAGGUUAGAUUAGAUUAGGUUGAUUUGUUUGUUUCUGUUUCUGUUCUGUGUUUCUAUUUUAGCAUACACAUACAUACAUACAUACAUCCAUACAUCCAUAACACCCAUUGUCAUGGUCGAAUCGAAUCGAAUCACAUCAAUGGGCGAUGACAAGGGCGGGAUCCGGCGGAAUUACAUAUCGUCGGAGGAGCUGCGGCGGCACAACAAGGCGGACGACCUGUGGCUGUCCAUCCAGGGGAAGGUCUACAAUGUGACGGAGUGGGCCAAGAUUCACCCCGGCGGCGAGACCCCGCUCCUGAAUCUGGGGGGGCAGGACGUGACGGACGCCUUCAUUGCCUUCCACCCGGGCACCGCCUGGCGGUACCUCGACGGCUGCUUCACCGGCUACCACCUCGCCGACUUCCAGGUCUCGGAGGUGUCCAGGGACUACCGGAGGCUGCACUCGGAGUUCUCCAAGGCCGGGAUGUUCGAGAGGAAGGGGCACGGCGUGGCCUACUCCCUCUGCUUCGUCGCAUUGCUGUUCGCGGCCUGCGUCGCGGGGCUGCUGCUGCCCCAGCCGGGGCCCGGCGGCGCCUGGGCCCGCGUGCUGGCCGGGGGCGUGCUGGGGCUGGCCUGGAUGCAGGUCACCUACCUGGGGCACGACUCGGGGCACUACGAGAUCAUGCGGAGCAAGGGGUGCAACCGGGUGGCCCAGAUCCUGCUGGGCAACUGCCUGACCGGGAUCAGCAUCGCGUGGUGGAAGUGGACCCACAACGCCCACCACGUCGCCUGCAACAGCCUCGACUACGACCCGGACCUCCAGCACCUGCCCCUCAUGGCCGUCUCCCCGCACCUCUUCCGCUCCCUCACCUCCCGCUUCUACGGCCGGCGCCUCCCCUUCGACGCCCUUUCACGGUUCUUCGUCAGCUACCAGCACCUCACCUUCUACCCGGUCAUGGUCCUGGCCCGCUUCAACCUCUACCUCCAGACCUUCCUGCUCCUCCUCUCCCCCGGGCGGCGGGUGCCCGACCGCGCCCUCAACAUCCUGGGCAUCCUCGUCUUCUGGACCUGGUUCCCGCUCCUGGUCCUCUGCGGCCUGCCCACCUGGGGCGAGAGGGCGCUCUUCGUCCUGGCCAGCUUCUGCGUCUCCUCCGUCCAGCACGUCCAGUUCUGCCUCAACCACUUCGCCGCCGACGUGUACCUGGGCGCCCCCCGGGGGAACGACUGGUUCCAGAAGCAGACCAGCGGCACCAUCGACAUCUCCUGCUCCUCCCUCAUGGACUGGUUCUUCGGGGGGCUGCAGUUCCAGCUGGAGCACCACCUCUUCCCCAGGCUGCCCAGGUGCCAUCUGCGGAGAGUCUCCCCUGUCGUCCAGCAGCUCUGCAAGAAGCACAAUCUCCCCUACAGGAGUUUGUCCUUCAUUGAGGCCAACCUCUGGACGCUCAGGACGCUCAAGGCGGCCGCCCUCGAGGCCCGGGAUUUCGCGUCCCCUGCUGCUCCCAAGAACUUGCUGUGGGAGGCUGUCAACACCCACGGGUGAUGGGGGUGGCGGUGGUGGUGGUGAUGGGAAGAGUGAGUGAGCGUGUGUGUGUGUGAGUGACUGACUUGGCAAAGAGAACUGCACCGCCCGCGCACACACACAAUGACUCCAACAACUUCUUCCGACACAACACCAAUACCAACACCAAUGUUUGUUUGUUUGUUUGCUUGCUUGCUUGCUUGCUAACAAAUGGACUCAGAGGACUUCCAAUGCGGCUGGUAAAGAAGUUAUCCUAUCCCUGCCCUGCCCUGCCCUGCCCUGCCUGGAUCUUACUAUAUUUUUGCUUUCAUCACCCUUGUUAUUUGCUGCUGCUUAUCAUUAUUAAUGCCACGUUCUUUGUCCCUGUGGCGGGGUAUGAUUAUGAUUAUUACUAUUAUUAUUAACAACAUUAUUAUUGUUAACUCACACGUACUUACGUA